CGCAAACAAACACUUCAGUCGCCAAUAUAUUGUCAUGCUGUACAAUUGAAAUCAUGGCUGACGUGAAAGUGAAGCAAGAAGCAGUAGAUCCUGUGGGACUGGAAAGCAGGAUUUUAGAACUCUGCCAGCAGUUCCCACAAGGAAUCACAGACCAAGUUAUUCAGAAUGACAUGCCACAUGUGGAGCCACAGAAGAGGGCAAUGGCUAUCAACAGACUUCUUGCAAUAGGCCAAUUGGAUCUGCUAAGGGGUACUUCAGGUCUCCUAUAUCGCAUAAAGGAUACCCAGACUGCAAGCAAAAUGAAGGGUUCUGACAAUCAAGAAAAAUUAGUUUAUCAAAUCAUAGAAGAUGCUGGAAAUAAAGGUAUAUGGAGCAGAGAUAUUCGAUACAAGAGUAACCUUCCAUUGACUGAAAUCAACAAAAUCCUAAAGAACAUGGAGAGCAAAAAACUAAUUAAAGCUGUCAAAUCUGUAGCUGCUUCAAAGAAAAAAGUAUACAUGUUAUAUAAUCUGCAGCCAGAUCGAUCUGUGACCGGUGGAGCAUGGUACAGUGACCAGGAUUUUGAGUCAGAGUUUGUAGAAGUGUUGAAUCAGCAGUGCUUCAAAUUCUUACAGAAUAAGGCAGAAGUGGCUCGUGAGAGUAAACAAAGUCCAGUGGUACAAAGGAACAGUUCAUUUGCGUCAUCCCAUGAAGUGUGGAAAUACAUCUGUGAAUUGGGUAUCAGCAAGGUGGAACUCUCUAUGGAAGACAUUGAAACCAUUCUGAAUACAUUGAUAUAUGAUGGAAAAGUGGAGAUGACCAUCAUAGCUGCAAAGGAAGGGACUGUUGGGAGUGUGGAUGGACAAAUGAAGCUGUUUCGGGCGGUUAAUCCCAUCAUUCAGCCCACUGGCUUGAUGCGGACACCUUGUGGAAUGUGCCCAGUAUUUGACGAUUGCCAUGAAGAUGGGGAGAUUUCUCCAUCGACUUGUGUUUACAUGACCGAGUGGCUAGAAUUCUAGCCAAUGUUGGCAUAACAAAGAGAGACUUUAGAGUUCGAUUGUUGGACCAUUUAAAACUGUUGGCAGUGUGCCUGGAUGAAUUUUCAUUGUGUACGGCACAGAGAUAGGCCAUUCUGCCCCAUCUGGUCUAUGACAGUGUUUAGGCUCCAAGACUCUUUCAAUCCCUCUUCAGAAAACCCCUUCUGUUCUUUUCAUCAUACUUUCCCAGCUUCCCCUUCAAGAUAAUUAAUGGAACUGAGGGUGGAGCUAGGCCCACAUUGGCAAGACAUGAGAAGAAUUGAAUCUGCAGUGUUUUGAAUGUGAGAUUAUGAAAACUGAACUGGAGGUUUUUUUUAAUAUAACAUUUAAUUUAUUUUGUAUCCAAACAUUUCUGGUUUAAAUUUUACUUAGCAGUUAUCAGGACAAUUAAAUAAAAUGUUUACUGUUCAAAAUGUU